AUGUCAUCAUCGAGUUCAUCCGAUGAAGUCGAUGAAAGAUUGGACAAAAUUUGCGACGAAUACUUGGAAGAAACAUACAACGACAUAGUGGAGGCCCAAAGCAGACCGCAAAGGAGACGUGCUUAUGUAGAACGAAACCGCGAAACAGGACAAGACCGCUUAUGGAAUGACUAUUUCAGCGAAGAUGCGACAUUCUCGUCUCAAUUAUUCAGACGCCGUUUCCGCAUGAAUAAGGAAUUAUUCUUGCGUCUUGUUCAUGGCCUAUCAGAGCGCUUUCCAUUCUUUCAGCAAAGAAGAUAUGCGACUGGGAGGUGGGGUCUUACUGCACUACAAAAAUGUACUGCAGCUAUUCGUCUGCUUGCUUAUGGUACUGCGGCUGACACCGUUGACGAAUAUCUCCGACUUGGUGAGACCACUGCACUUUCAUGUUUACAUAAUUUCACUAACGGAAUAAUACAAUUACUCGGUAAUGAGUAUCUACGACGAUCCACACCGGAGGAUCUUCAACGACUACUCGAUAUUGGAGAGGCACGAGGGUUUCCUAGGAUGGUCGGGAGCAUUGACUGUAUGCAUUGGGAGUGGAAAAAUUUCCCAACCGCUUGGAAAGGUACCUUAAAUGAUAUCAAUGUCCUCGAUCGGUCUCCUGUUUUUGAUGACAUUUUACAAGGUCGAGCUCCCAGGAGGGUAUAUAUCCAAAAUGGUCAACAUUUAUCCAAUCUAUCAGCCUCCCUCAAAGUCCUCAAUAACAGUUAUUUGCUAAAGUCCAAGAAGCAACCCGGAAAGAUGUGGAACGGGCUUUUGGAGUAUUGCAAGCUCGAUUUGCGAUUGUGA